GGCCGACCUGACGAAAGCCCGGCGCGACCGGACGAAGAAGGACCCUCGGCCGCCGGGCGCGCGCCUCCCCGGCCCCCGGGGCGACUUUUUCUCAGGUCUCCAAAACCGCCCUUAUGGCUGAGGUGAAGGUGAAGGUGCAGCCACCGGACGCGGAUCCGGUGGAAAUAGAAAACAGAAUUAUAGAAUUGUGCCACCAGUUCCCUCAUGGAAUCACAGAUCAAGUAAUUCAAAAUGAAAUGCCUCACAUUGAAGCCCAACAACGGGCAGUGGCCAUCAAUAGACUGUUGUCCAUGGGUCAGUUGGAUCUCUUAAGGAGUAAUACAGGCCUUUUAUAUAGAAUAAAGGAGACUCAGAAUGCUGGUAAAAUGAAGGGGUCCGAUAACCAAGAAAAACUAGUCUACCAAAUCAUAGAGGAUGCAGGGAAUAAAGGAAUAUGGAGCAGAGAUAUUCGAUACAAAAGUAACUUGCCAUUAACAGAAAUCAACAAAAUUCUCAAGAAUUUGGAAAGUAAAAAGCUUAUCAAAGCCGUGAAGUCUGUAGCAGCCUCCAAAAAGAAGGUUUAUAUGCUCUAUAACCUGCAGCCAGACCGAUCUGUGACUGGUGGAGCGUGGUACAGUGACCAGGAUUUUGAAUCUGAAUUUGUUGAGGUGCUUAACCAACAGUGUUUCAAAUUCCUACAAACUAAGGCAGAAACAGCAAGAGAAAGUAAACAGAAUCCAAUGAUUCAAAGAAACAGUUCCUUCGCUUCAUCACAUGAAGUGUGGAAGUACAUCUGUGAAUUGGGCAUCAGUAAGGUAGAGUUGUCUAUGGAGGACAUAGAAACCAUCCUGAACACACUCAUUUAUGAUGGGAAAGUGGAGAUGACGAUCAUUGCUGCAAAGGAAGGCACUGUCGGCAGUGUAGAUGGACACAUGAAACUGUACAGGGCAGUCAACCCAAUCCUCCCACCUACAGGCUUAGUCCGGGCACCCUGUGGACUCUGCCCCGUUUUUGAUGACUGCCAUGAAGGUGGUGAGAUUUCACCAUCUAAUUGUAUUUACAUGACAGAGUGGCUCGAAUUUUAAUAGAGAGCUGUGAAUUUUACUUACAUUUGGCAAAUGAAUUACUUGGAGAGCAAAUAAUUCAUGAUAGAACAUCCAGUUUCUUUGAAAGCAUACUUCUCUAUGAUGGAUACUGACUUGCUGCUAUGAAAACGUAUUUAUUUCCGAAGACAGAACACAAAGCAGAUGAAGUUUAAUAAAGUUUAAUAGGGAAGUCUCUUCAAGAAAAUACCUUGAAGCUCUGGAAAAGAAGCCAGCAAACCUACACUGACCAAGUACUGCGAUAACAGAUAGAGCGUGAAGGUGACAUGUAAAGUUACUUGUUAAUGUCUUCAUUGAAACUCAUCAUAUCAGGUUUAUUAUCACCAUUUCUGUUGGUUCGUUCUUGGGUUUCAUUGAGAGGAACAGCUGACGAUGGGAUGUGUGCAGACUUGGGGCCUGAAUGUAAAGUGGACAUCCGUUUUCCACACUGUCCAUUCCUCUUCACUUCAGCAGCACUGUUUCAGGAGAGCAUGCUGCCACACUGACUUUGUGUCCAGGACAGGAGUUUAGAUCAGUGGUAGUCCAUCCUAAAGGGGAUAAUCUCCCAACUCCUUUGUUGUUAAGGUUGUAAAUCUCUCUGUAUGGCUUAACUGUACUACUUGCCAGAAUUUUUUCCAGAUUCUUACUUCAUGCCUAUAGUUUGACCCUCUCUGCCAUCAGCAUCAAAUUCAAAUUUUGUAAUCUAAUCCCCAUGUGCGAUGUGAUAAGUAGGACCUUUGGAAGGUGACAGAUCGUGAGUGUAGAGUCCUCAUGAGUGGAAUUAGGGCCUGUAUAGAAGACACCCAAAGUGUUCUGUUGGCUCUUUAUCAUUCCAGAGCACAGGGGAAAGAAUAAGGAUGUGGGCCCUUGUUAGACAGUAAAUCUACCAGCACAUUCGACUUCCCAGCUAGAAGCAGUUCUCAGUCUGUAGGUUGCAACCCCUUUGGGGUUUGAACAACCCUUUUAAGGGUUUGUCUGAGAUCUUCAGAAAACAGACAUUUACUUUACAGUUCAUAACAGUAGCAACAUUAUAGUUACACAGUAGCAAAAAAAAUAAUUUUAUGGUUGGGAUGAGGACAACAUGAGGAACUGUAUUAAAGGGUCGCAGCAUUACGAAAGUUGAAAACCAGUGAUCUAUUGUGUUCUAUCAAAGCAGAUAGAAGAGAUAGUAUCUAAUAUUUUAACUAAACUAAAACUAGCUGGGUAUGAUGGUGCACUCUUUUAAUCCUAGUACUUGCGAGGCAGAGGUAGGUAGAUCUUGGUUAAUUUGAGACCCUUGGUUAAUUUGGCCUACAUAGUGAGUUCCAGGACAGCCAGGGCUAUAGAGAAAGAGACCCUGUCUCAAAAAAUAACAGUAGAUCAUUGCCCUUCGUUUUGAGGGGUGAGAACCUGUCUUUUACAGUAUUUUAGAUCGGUCUCCUUUUUUCUUCUUCUUUUCUAAAAACAUGGAGUGCUGUGUCUAAGCAGAAAAAAAAUCACUGUAGUUUGUUAGUCCCAGCACUGGGCACUGGAAAACACUAAUUGUCGUGCUGUUACACAGAAGAUAGCCAUAUGCCUUUUAUGGAUCUCAGUGGUUGAUAUUUGCUUUCCCUCUCCCUCUCCCUCUCCCUCUCCUCUUUUGAGACAAAGUUUUUCUGUAUGGCCCUGGCUAUCCUGAAACUUUAGACCAUGUUGACCUUGAAUUCAGAGAUCCACCUGCCUCUGCCUCUGAGUGCUGGAAUUAAAGGACUCUUCUACUAUGUCUACUUUACUUUGUGUCUUAAAAGUUUCUUUAUGUGAAACAUGGGCCAACUGAAAGGGUUCACACUCCACCCUUGUAUUCUGUCUUUUUGUUUUAUUUUGUUGGAGAAGAGUCUUACUCUACACUGGAGUUCACUUUAUGGUCUAGGCUGGCCUUGAACUUAUGGUGGUUCUGCUUUAGCCUCCCAAGUGCUGGGAUUACAGGCAUUUAGCAGCCAUGCCUGGCUUUCUAUUAUCUUGGUAAUUAGAUACUAAGUUUUAAAUUUGCUGUGUCCCUUGCCUCACCAGAAUAAAAAGGUACUUGAAAAGGUU